CUACAGUGUGUAGUGAUCGAUGGAGAUGCGGAUGAGUUCUUACUUGGUGAUCGAACUCUGAAGUCGCUUGGGAUCAACGUGGAUCAUCUCCUGGAGCGCCUCGCAGCCAAAGGUGCCCCCGAGGAGGACGAGGAUGGUAUACCGGAGGAUGACAUCGUGGGCGCGACCAACCUGGAUGAAAUCAUGGACCGACUCGACGUAAUGUUGGACGACGCUGUCAAGGCAGGGUUUCCACACGAAUUUAAGGAUGCGCUACGAGAUGCCACCAAGGAAGAAGUUGAUCUAUGGCGGACGAAGCUAGGCGCGGACCCACCCGCCAAGCUCGAGCCACUGCGAGUCGUAUUGGUCGACGGCUCCCCACCGUAUCGAACGAAGCCUCGCCAGUACUCUGUGAGUUGA